AGGCUGAGAGGAGGAGAGGCUGAGAGGAGGAGAGGAGGAGAGACUAAGAGGAGGAGAGGCUGAGAGGAGGAGAGACUGAGAGGCUGAGAGGAGUCUGGGAGGAGGAGAGACUGAGAGACUGAGCAGCAGAUCCUGUGACCUCCCAACAGACAGUCUGUUCAAGAUGGCCGCCUGAGAGGAGAAUAAAACUCCUCCAACAGCUAGCAGCUAGCAGCUAACAGCUAACUGCUCCUCUCUCACAACCUCAACCUGCCACACUACCGGAGACAAUGACACGACGGUACGGACCACGGUUGUUCCUCUUAUAAACCGGAAUGCUGAGGCACGACGUCGGAGUUAUGGAAUAAAAACAGAGCUGGAAUUGGAGGGGGUUCAGGGCCCUUUGUUUUAGCCCAGCAUGGACAGCUUCUUCAAGGCAGCUGUUUGUGAUCUGGACAAACUGCUCGACGACUUUGAGCUCAACACUGAGGAACUUGAAUGCAAAUCAGUUUUCCUGAAGCCGACUGUGUACCCCUUCUCCUCACUGGGCUCUCAGUGUUUAUCCUCUGAGGCCUCCACUGUCCCACCGAACCUCCCCGACCUCAACUCUCUUCAUUAUGGUUCUGCUACCAACUGUCCUGACCGCUCCCACGGUCAGAACCACAGCGCUGACGACAGAGAGGUCCAAGGUCAGCCUCUCACCGGAGUGGACCUUCUCUCCUCUGUGGAUCGGCGGCCAGCUAAAAGCUCUGCCCCUCCCUGCCCGGACAGGGCCCUGAAGCCGGUGUGUGACCUUGUGAACGACACAAGCUCGGCCAUCCAGGUCAGGGAAAACAGCCACGAUGCUUUCAGUGAGCUGGACGUGGUGGAAAAGCAAAUGGAGGAGGGGGAGGAUGAUAAGGAGGAGGAGGAGACGCUGCUGGUGGACUUUGACACCCCUGUGGUCACUGCACACAGAGAGGAGCAAAGUGGCUACACCACAGAAGAGCAAACCUCUGCAGGGAAUGACGAGCUGCUGGGUUUGGAUUCCCCCGAGCAGAGCGGUGGAUACUCGGCCUCGCUCAGUCUGCUGGACGUCAUCCUUCCUGCUGCGGUGGAGCGGAGCAGCGAGUCCACGGAUGACUCACUGUCACCAAGGACCACUGAGUCAGCUGAGGAAGAGGAGAAGGACUGUGAGGAGGUGGCAUGCACAAACCAAGUGGUGGUUAACUCUUUAGACCACUGUGAACCGGAGGCCACUCCGCCUGUUGAUAGCAUUAAAGAAACAACGUCAGUGAAUAAAGAGGAGUCACAAGAAGAUAAUGGUGAGGCUUCUGUCGGUCUAACGUCGGAGGCUUCAGACAGCGUAUCGGUGGGCUUAUCAUGCCUGCCCAUAGCUGUGUCCCUGUGUGGAGCUCUGGUGAACACAAACACCACAGAGGAUGAGUCGGGGGACGCUGCAGAGCCGUGUGAUGAGGCAGCAGACGUCUCUGAAAGCACAGAGGCAGACUCCCUGUCAGCCUUGGAAGCCAGGUCACAUUUAGAGGAUUCAGGCUCGUCUGGGUCCCAGCAGGUUGCAGAGGGCAGGAUGUCACCAGAGGGGCAGCAUCUCUCUAUUGAAUCUGCUGCACCUGCCGUCCCCUCUGCAGACCUUUCCUCCUGCGACCGCUCAGAACCCAGCCCAGUCGAUCCUCCCGAGUUUGGCUUUGAAUACCUGCCAGAGAGUGACCAGGCCGAGCUGCUGGUUACAGACGAGGAGCUGGACGCCUUCCUGCAGGCCCACACGGAAGCAGAGCAAGGUAGAGGGGUCUCUUAUUGCAGCACCUCUCAACCCGAGAGUCUGUCAGAGUCACAUCUGGAAGGCAGGCUUGUGGGAGGGGAGCUGAGGAGCUGUGGUCGGGAGGACCUGGAGGGUCUCGCUACUCCAGAGAGCGACAGAACAAUGUGUGUGUCUGUAGUGGGAUGUUUUAACCCCGACUCUUGCAGACCUCCUUGCCAAGAAGAGCCAGAGCUCUCCUCUGGUGUAAACCAUUCUUUGACCAGCAACACUUUCCAGUCCCAGCACAGCAGUAGCCCCGAUCAGCAGCCCUCCUAUGGAGGUGCAAGGCCUAAACAGCUACACUGCCAAACUGCUAGAUCUCCACCAGCAGGGGAGGAAGGAGAGGAGCAGGCUCAGACGCUCAGUACAGCGGAGGAGGAAGAAGACAGUUCACCCACAAGUCUUACAGAGGUGCAUUCCAACAUCAGGGAUUUGAGCCCGAUGUACGCCUCUCAGGAGCAUCAGGAUUACAGCGUGGGGUAUGAUGAACUCUCAGAGCCCCCGCCGUACCCCGGGGAGUCGCCCACAGACGGCGCCUUGUCGGUGAACUGGAAGAGAGAGGGAGUGGAGGAGCUGGGGAGCAGACAGCCGGCCUGGGUUCCAGACUCGGAAGCUCCCAACUGUAUGAACUGCUACCAGAGGUUCACUUUCACCAAGAGGCGGCAUCACUGUCGAGCCUGCGGGAAGGUCUACUGUGCGGUGUGCUGCAACAGGAAGUGUAAGCUGAAGUAUCUGGAGAAAGAGGCUCGUGUGUGUGUCGUCUGCUUCGAUACCAUACACAGAGCCCAGGCCCUGGAGCGGAUGAUGAGUCCUGCGGGUCCCAGUCCAAACCCCAACGUCCCAUCUGAGUACUGCAGCACCAUCCCCCCUCUGCAGCAGGCUCGAGCCGCCGGCACUCUUAACUCCCCCCCGCCCACCGUCAUGGUGCCCGUGUCCGUUCUCAAACACCCAAACAACGACAGUUGUCCUCGUGAACAGAAGCGAGUGUGGUUCGCUGAUGGCAUCCUGCCCAACGGAGAGGUGGCAGACACCACCAAGCUGUCGGUGACGAGCCGCCGGAGCUCCCAGGAGUUCAGCGCCGUGUCUCCAGACCAAACAACACCUGGUUCGGAGGAUGGAGUCGGUGGACUCGGUGGACUCGGUGGACUCGGUGGACUCGGUGGACUCGGUGGACUCGGUGGCUCCUCGGCCCCCGAAGCUUCUGGGACUGUGGAGGUGGUUCGUCCUCCGGUGUCCGGACCCUGGGACUACGCUCUGCUCUCUGGGAUCGGUACUUCUGUGAAGAGGGUUCCCAGCCUGCUGCCAGAUAACGAGGAUGAGCUCCCUCCUCUGCUCAUCACCACCGGAGAGGAUGGAGCAGGAGAUGUUUUGGUUGAAGAAAGUCCGGCCCCGUGUCAGAUUCUGCACUUAUUAGAGGAGGGAGGACCGCGACCGCUGACGUUUGUUCUCAACAGCAACCUGCUGGUCAACGUCAAACUGGUCACAUACUCCAGUCGUCAGUGUUGGUGUUUCGGCUCUAACGGGCUGCAGGCUCUGGGACAGAGAGAGUUGGUGUUUUUAUUGGAGUGUUUGCCAGAAGAAAAAACUCUUCCAAAAGACCUCUUCACGCUCUAUCUCAACAUUUACCAAGAAGCCCAAAAAGGGAAGUUCGUGGAGGAGCUGGAUAACGUGACGUUCACCAGCAGUUUUCUGGGCAGUAAGGACCACGCUGGGAUGCUCUUCUUCUCUCACACCUGUCAGCCUCUAGAUGGCCUCACACUCCCCUCUCAGCCCUUCCUGUUCGGCCUCCUGGUCCAGAAGCUGGAGGUGCCCUGGGCCAAAGUCUUUCCUCUGCGGCUGCUUCUACGGCUCGGAGCUGAGUACAGCGUCUAUCCCACUACGUUGAUAAGUGUCCGUUUUCGGGACUCUGUGUAUCGAGAGACGGGACACACCAUCAUGAAUUUACUGGCUGACCUGAGGAACUACCAGUACAGUCUGUCGGUCGUGGAGGGCCUGAGGAUCCACAUGGAGAUGGGCCACAGCUACAUCGACAUUCCCAAAAGUAGCUUCAACGAGAUGCAGAAGGUGGUGAAUUCAUCCAACGAGCACGUCAUCAGCAUCGGAGCGAGGUUCAGCUCGGAGGCCGACUCUCACCUGGUGUGUUUCCAGAACGAAGAGGGAAACUAUCAGACGCAGGCCAACAGCAAGCCGGACCAGACCCGCACAGUGACGGGGGCCAGUUUUGUGGUGUUCAAUGGAGCCCUGAAAGCCUCCUCGGGCUUCAUUGCCAAGUCCAGCAUCGUUGAAGACGGGUUGAUGGUUCAGAUCCCUCCAGAGACCAUGGAGUCUCUGCGCGGGGCCCUGAGGGAGCAGACGGACUUCCACAUACCCUGCGGCAGGAACGACGGAGGGGAGCUCCGAGAAAACGUCACUGUCCGCUGGGUCGACUGGAGUUCACCGGUCAACUCGGGCAGAAGCAGCGGGGUUGAUGGGAGACCUCUGGAUGGAGUCGGCAGUGUGAGGAUGCAGCAGGACACCGAGUUUGAGUCGGACGGGCGCACCAUCAGGUGCACCGAGGUGUUCUACCAGCUGAAGACUCCAGACUGCAGCCUGGCGUCGGUGCUGUCGUCCUGCAGCGUGUUUCAGAAGGAGAUGGCUCUGGCCGCCUGCAGUGCUCUGACUCCUCACCUCGCCGUCCUCACCUCCUGUGGCAUCAACUCGCUCUCCCUUCGCAUCUCUACGCAGGCUGAUAUGGUGGAGUACCAGGCCGGCUCCGGAGGCAGGCUCCUCCCUCAGCGCUACAUGAACGAGCUGGACAGCGCCCUGAUCCCCGUCAUCCAUGGAGGUAGCGCUAGUGUCCCACAGACUGCCAUGGACAUGGAGUUCAUCUUCUACAUCACACACGCCAUCUAACGCACAUGCACACACACACUUCUAAAGUAUUGAGAACCUCCAGUUAACAGAAGGUGGUUUUGAGCACAGAGAGAGAGAGAAGCUGUGGCAGGACGUGUUAAUGCGACAGCUCCACAUGCAGCCGGUCACAGAGGACGAGCAGCCGCCGGCUACAACAUCCCCACUCCGAGGUCGGGGACGGAGGGAUGUAAACUGAUUUUCUGUUAAAGGAAGCGUCGUGUGUUUUUUCGUGCUCACCAAAGCUGCUUUAAUACAAGAAGCCAAACACUAAACAAGGAUUUACGACAUGACCAAAUACAACCAAACCGUUUCUUCUUCUUCUUCUUCUUCUUCUUCUUCUUCUUCUGCUCUGCCUUCCAGGCUCCCUGCUGGCCUCCGUCGGCUCGGAGCUCCUCAGUGAAUGUUUCCCACAGACGCUCUACCGAAAUGUCUCUCAUUUGGAUGUAUUUAUUAUAUUUUAAUAUGGGCUUAUUGAAUGAAAUGAUGAUAUUAAAGCAAAGGGGACAUUA